GGAUCGAUUAUGAGGAAACCUUUUCACCGGUUGCCAUGCUCAAAUCCAUCAUGAUUCUAUUGGCUUUGGCCGCUCAUAUGGAUUAUGAGAUUUGGCAAAUGGAUGGCAAGACCGCUCUUCUUAACGGGAAUUUGGACGAGGACAUCUAUAUGCAGCAACCAGAAGGAUUCAUUGCAAAGGGCCAAGAGCAUCUGGUCUGCAAGCUUAAGAGGUCCAUUUAUAGGCUGAAGCAGGCUUCGAGGUCUUGGAACAUCCGUUUUGACGAGGUUGUCCAAUCGUAUGGAUUUACCCAAUUUUUGGAUGAGCACUGUGUGUACAAGAAAAGUGAUGGAAACGUGGUGGUGUUUCUAUUGCUCGCCACCUGCUUGCUGAUGUUCGCGUGCGCAUCUCGCCAGUCGCCGGUCGCGCACUCCCAGCGCGCAUCCUCCACGCGCGCGACACUCCUUGUGCGCCCAGGAUUCCUUGCUCCACACAUCCACGUGGUCAAGACGCACGACGCUAGUCUGCGAGCGCCCAGGACUCCUGCAACGCACGCGCACGAUCUGCCUGCCAGCUCUCGGCGCUCGACGCUCGCCAGCUGCUGUCCGCAACACGCACGCCUGUGCCCAGCGCCAAACGAUAGAGCCCGACGCGCAUCUGCCGCUGCUCCGACCCCGAGACCCGCUUGCC